AUGGAAAAGACAACCAUAUCCGAUCAGGCCACACAGCCCAAUACUAGCCGGGAUGUCGAGGAAAUGAAGGAGUUCAGAGUCCAUCAGGGCAUGGACAAUCCAUCUGACGACAAGGCCAGCCUGUCUGGUCGAGACUCGAACGAGUUCCAGGGUGGUGUGCGGCGAGUAAGAGCCAUUACAUCGACAUGGUCGACUAAGACGCUCAUUCUCAUGUUCAUUCUGCUCUACCUGGUGUCGUUCGUAGACGCACUCCUAAGCUCGGUUCAAAGCGCACUAAACCCUUAUGUCACAUCCUCAUUCCACAAACACGGCCUCUUGCCAGUCGUCAGCGUUGUCUCGACUAUUCUGGGCGGCUCGUCGCAGCUCACACUAGCCAAGAUCAUCGACAUCUGGGGCCGUGUGGAGGGAUUCCUAAUCAUGCUCCUUCUCGUCACGAUCGGGUUGAUCAUGAAAGCUACCUGCACAAGCAUGGAGAUGUACACCGCAGCACACACUCUAUACUGGGUAGGCCACAUCGGUCUGGCCUACGUCGUUGAAAUAAUGCUGGCGGAUAUGACCUCGCUCAAGAAUCGGAUGAUCAUGAUCGGCCUGAACGGUACACCUGGUAUCGCAAGUACCUUUGCAGGUCCGGAAAUCGCUAACCUUUUCUACACCAACCUCGACUUCAAUUGGGCAUUCGGUUCAUUCGCGAUCAUGCAGGUUGGAGUUUGUAUUCCCGUGGCCGCGGUGAUGCUAUUUAUGCAACGUCGGGCGGAGAAGAGCGGUAGCCUUGAGAAGGUUCGUUCUGGACGUGUCUGGUGGCAGUCUAUUGCUCAUUAUCUCAUCGAGUUUGAUGUUGUCGGAAUCAUCUUAAUCACAGCCGCAUUCUCCCUCAUCCUGAUCCCAUUUAGCAUUGCCUCCUACGGUCCCAAGGGAUGGGCGAGCGGAUACAUCAUCGCCAUGGAAGUUCUCGGUGUGGCGUGUGUACCCGCAUUCUAUAUCUGGGAGAGAUAUUGUUCACCAGUACAAUUCCUCCCGUGGAAGUAUCUGAAAGAGCCAACAAUGAUCGGCUCGUCCAUGCUGUACGGCGUGAUGUUCAUCUCCUGCUUUACGUGGAACAGCUACUUCAGCUCGUACCUACAAGUCGUCAACAGACUCGACAUCACAACAGCCAACUACGUGCUCAACGCUUUCUCCCUGACCUCUUUCAUCUUCAGCCCUAUCUUCGGCCUAGUGAUAAGCUGGACCGGCGACUUCAAAUGGACCGCCAUGGCAGGCGUGCCCAUCUUCCUCCUAGGAACAGCCCUACUAGUCCCAUUCCGCGCGCCCGACACACACGUGGGGCUCCUAACGAUGAUUCAAAUCCUAGUGGGACUCGGUAGCUGCCUAUUCACCGUUUGCGGACAACUCGCCAUAAUGGCGAUGGUAACGCACCAAGAGAUCGCAGUUGUGGUAGCUAUCUGGGGAUUGUUCGGGUCGAUUGGAGCGGCGGUGGGAUCUGCCAUUGCGGGCGGGAUGUGGAAUAAUAUCCUCGAGAAGGAGUUGUAUAACCGACUGCCGCAGGAGAGUAAGCACCUUUCGGCGAGUAUCUUUGCGGAUUUGGUGAAGCAGAUGUCGUAUGCGGAUGGGAGCGGGGAGCGGGAUGCUAUUGUUGGGGCUUAUGCUGAUGUUCAGAGGAAGAUGGCGAUUGUUGGGGUUUGUUUUGUGCCGCUUUGUAUUCUUUGUACGUGGUUCUGGAGGAAUGUUAAUGUUAAGAAGUUGGGGAGGGAGCAGACUUCUGGGAAUGUGUGGUAG